AUGUACAAGUGCGGGGUCAAGACCAUGGAAAAAUACAUGGGAAUUUCACAUGGUUCAGGUGGUGGCAUUAAGGAUUUGCAUGGUGUCAGCUCUCAGGAUGUUACAAACACAACUCCCGCAAAUCCAGGGCAGAUCACCGCUACUACAGGCACCAGCAAGGUGCAAGGGACCACCUCUACAAGCAACUCACCAACCACCUCAACGAUGUCACCUGCCGUAGUUCAAGGGACCACCUCUACAAGCAAUCUGGGAAACCCACCACCCACCCCUGUGAUAUUACCCACCACAGUUCAAGGGACCACCCCUGCAAACAACCCAGGAAAUCCAUCAUCUAACCCUGCAACAUCACCUGCCACAGUUCAAGGGACCACCUCCACAAACAACCCAGGAAACCCACCACCUGCCCCCACAACAUCACCUCACCUGUCUCAGCAGGUCAGCUCUUCAAUCAGCUCGAGAACCUCAUCAGCCACCCCUGCUGCAACCUCCAGCAUGACCCAGCAGAAGACCAGCCCUCCAGCCAACUUGGGAAGCUCAGUAGCCACCACUUCUUCAAAUGUUGUCCCCAGUCAUGUGAGCAGUGAACCUCCAGCCACCCCAGGAGGUUUAGGGACUGCUGUCACAUCCCCUUCCAGUGUGGAAGCUCAGGGAAGACAGCCUUCAGACCAGCUGACCAGCACCGCUGCAAGCACUGGAGUCACAACAAGCAGCCCUCCUCCUGGUCUCAAGGACCAUGGUGUCGCUUCUUCCACAUCUGUUGCCAAGCAGCCUCACUCUUCUCCCAGUUCACCAGUCCAGGGACUGGCCUCCUCCACCAGACCUGGAAGCAUCAACCCUUCUGUUACCCCUUUUGAUGGAUCCAUCUUCUUCACCACUAGUAAAGCGUCUCUGUCUUCACCACCUGGCAGCAUCAACAGAGUCUCAGAAGCAGUCACCACAACGACAUUUGGAGCAGACCAGAGAAGCCACCACACCGGAUCUGUGUCAACCCAACCUGCAAGUGCUGACCAGAGCCCUACCACUGCACGGCCAUCAGCCCCAACCCCAGGGGACCAGACAGCAAGCAGCAGUCCUGGCCACCAGCACCUUAACGCUUCUUUCCAAAAUGAGGUCAUCUGUAAAAAUGAGGUGCGAAAUAAUGUGCCUAUCAUGUUUCUGAAAGAAGCUAAAACCUGUGCUGAGUGGAAGAUCGCCAGCGUCAACGUCUCCUUCUUCGAGAGCUUCUGCUCGACGGGUCAGCACACUUUCAACGCCAGCAGAGAAACGUGCACGGUGAUGCUGAGCUCCCGUGAGCCCCAAUCCCAGCACUGGGCUGUACAGGCAGUUGUGCACCUCCCUUUGGACCCUGAAAAAGUCUUUGAGGAGCUGAAGGAGAAGGACAAGUUAGAAGAGCUUGGCAUCCUCAACGUCACCUAUGACAAAAUGGAGAGGGAGAUGAUAAUCAACGAUGAGUUCAGCACACCCCUGAUCAUCACCAUCGUCACCUUGGCUGGCUCCCUGCUACUGGUUGCAGCCAUCUACGGCUGCUGCCACCAGCGCUUCUCCCAAAAGAAGGACCAGCACAUCCACCCUGAUGUCCCCGGGUUUGAUGAUGGACAUGUGGCCCUGAUCUUUAAUCAGCGCCUGACCGAGGAGCUGCAGACAAUGGAGAACGGCUACCACGAUAACCCCACGCUGGAGGUGAUGGAGACCUCCUCUGAAAUGCAGGAGAAGAAAGUGAACCUCAACGGUGAGCUGGGGGACAGCUGGAUCGUUCCUCUCGACACCCUCAUGAAGGAGGACCUGGAGGAAGAGGAGGACACACAUUUAUAG